AAAAGGGCUCAGCGUCCACUGGCGGCACUGUUACCAUGGAAAUCCCCGCCGCAGCAGCUGCCUCAGUGGAGCGAGCGGAGCCGGAGGAGUGUGUUCAGCACCAUGGACAGCACGGCGCCGGAGCUGCUCCCCAGCACAGAAACUAUCGCAUGCUGAUAGUGAUCGGAGAGAUCUCCAGCAGCCAUCACCUGGACGCCGCCAGGAAACAGAUCACACAAGGUUUGCGUUCCUGGAACGUCGAUCUGACUGUUUGUGACCUGAACAAGGAGCUGCAGCUGUUUGAGACCCGACACACUGCUCAGUUCUCUUCACAGGUCAAAGGCCAGCGGAUUCUCCAGUAUCAGAGUGAUGUCCUGGAGACAGUGGUGUUGGUGAACCCGUCAGAGGAGACCGCUGCCUCAGAGAUUCGCACUUUGAUCACUGACUUUGCGGGAAAUAAGUUGCUGAUAUUGAGCGGCCAAGGCUCUGAGCAGGGAGGUGACAUCCUACUGCAAGGUGGAGCCUUCACCUGGCAACACUUCUCUGACAUCAUCUCCAACCCUCAAGUGAUUGAACUUCUGUCCAGCGCCUCCUCAGAGCAGCCGUCCAGGCUUACUGUUUCCUGUCAGGGAGACGGGGGCUGGAGCUCCCUUGGCCAAAGCCAGGAGCAACAGUCGCUUCAAAAUCUUCUGGAAUACCGCCUGAACCCUGAACCUCACCUUCCCAACAUGGACGGAGUCACAGAGUUCACCGAGUACGUCUCAGAGACAGUGGAUGUGCCGUCGUCCUUUGACCUCCUGGAGCCCCCGACCUCUGGAGGCUUUCUGAAGCUGUCCAAGCCAUGCUGCUACAUCUUCCCUGGAGGCAGGGGAGACUCUGCUCUGUUUGCUGUCAAUGGAUUCAACAUCCUGGUGGAUGGAGGGUCGGAUCGGAAGUCUUGCUUCUGGAAGCUGGUUCGCCACCUGGACAGGAUUGACUCGGUUCUGCUCACCCAUAUUGGUGCAGACAACCUCCCUGGCAUUAAUGGUUUGUUCCAGAGGAAGAUUGCAGAGCAAGAGGAGGAGCGCAACCAAGGAUCUGGCUCCAGCAGCAAUGGUGACUGGAUGAAGAACCUGAUCUCUCCUGAGCUUGGGAUCGUGUUUUUCAACGUCCCAGAGAAGCUGCGGAUGCCGGAGUCUACGCUGAAAGUGAAGCGAAGCAUUGAGGAGGCAUCUCUUACAUUGCAGUACCUCAACAAGCUCGGUAUCACACCAGAGCCUCUUCACAGGGUAGUCAGCAACACCAUUGAGCCCAUCACACUUUUCCACAAACUUGGGGUGGGAAAGUUAGACAUGUAUGUCUUAAACCCUGUAAAGGAGAGCAAAGAGAUGCAGUUUUUAAUGCAGAAAUGGGCUGGGAACAGCAAAGCCAAGACAGGGAUUAUGAUGGCCAAUGGUAAAGAGGGAGAAAUAUCUGUUCCAUAUUUGACAUCAGUCACUGCUCUCAUUGUUUGGAUUCCUCACCGUCCAACAGAAAAGAUCGUCAGGGUGCUCUUCCCUGGAAAUGCACCGCAGAAUAAAAUCUUCGAGGGCCUAGAGAAACUGAAACACCUGGACUUCCUGCGUUACCCAGUGGCCACUCAAAAAGACAUAUCAUCCGGUGCACCUCCUCCCAUCAUCAAACAGACUAAAAUGAGAUCAAGAACUGACAGCAAAGAGAGCCUCAAGUCUUCACCCAAACCACACUCUAAAACAGCAAAGAAAGAAGCUGGUGGGCAGGAGGAAGAGCCCAAGGGUGAAAUCAUUAAAGAGAAUAAAGUGGAAAAGAAGGAAGAGAAAAAACCUAAAAGUGAAAGUCUAAAAGCCACCAAACAACAGAAAAACAGCGAGGUGGCACCUGUGACCGGCAAGACAGAGAAAAAGAAAAUAUCCAAGGAAAAAACUGCCAAGCACGAGAAAGCGUCCAAGAUGGAUGAAAAGAAAGACAAAGAGAAAAAAGAAAUUAAGAAAGAGAAAGUGAAGAAAGAUGAAAAUAUAAGAAAAGAAGAGAAAAAAGAAAGUAAAGCCAAAGAGGAUAAAAAGAAGGAUCCCAGUAAACCGGAGCUGAGGAAAAUCACUAAACCUGACCUGAAGCCGCUCACCCCUGAAGUGAGGAAAACUCUGCAUAAGGCUAAGACUCAGGCUAAGCCCAAAGCUGAUAAAAAUAAAGCAGUUAAAGAGGAAGCAAAUGAGAAAAAGCCAGUCCCAAAGAACAUCCCUGAGGAGAUCGCAGCAGCAGCUUUGGCUGACAGGUCCAUCGUGUCCUCCCCAGAGGACCUCACUGAGGACUUUGAGGCUCUGAAACAAGAAGAGCUGUCCAAAGUUAAGUCUGAGCCAAUCCAGAAUGAUGUCAUGUCUGAGCAUUCACUGUACACAGAUACUAAAGGUCCUUCCUUCCCUGAUGAGAAAGUCACAUCCCCAGCUGCUGAGAUAAAAUCCACUUCACCCAAAUCCCCUGUCAAACAAGAGGAAGACAGCAAAGACAAGGGUGUAUCAGUACAAGCUGCAGCCACUGAAAAGAAGGAAACAAGCGAUGGCUUUGACAAGAAGUAUGAAGAGGAGAAAAUGGAGAAAUAUGACAAAUACCCUGCAAAGGACGACAUGAAAGACAGAUCAAAGAAGAGUGACAGCUCAGAGGAGGAGGGUGAUGUCAUUGAAAAAGCCGAAUUUGAAGGAACAGAAGAUGACGAAGUCCUGAAAUAUAAAACAGAGGAGGUGAAGAAGGAAAAAACUGGAAAGGAGUGGGACGCCAAGCCAGCUGAGCCCAAACCUUUAUCAACCACAGCCCUGUCAGGGCAAGUAGCAGCCUCCGCCUCGGAGCAAUUCUCCUUCAUCCAAGACGAGACCAUCCCCGGUUACUCUGAGACUGAGCAGACUAUCUCUGAUGAGGAGAUCCAUGAGGAACCAGAGGAUAGGAUCCCACAGUUGCGUUAUGAUGUGGGCUCCUAUGACGUCUCCGUCCCUGACGUCCCUGGUACCUUUGACUCGAUGCAUGGUAUAAAAGAGAUGAAGUCCUCUGCUGUGUCCGAUGUCAAACCCAAAGCCUUCACGGGAGCGCCAGAACCUGAGCUUGCACCCUACCCCGCCAUCAUUGCUGCUCCUCUUGCGGAAGAGGAGCACAUCUCCUCAGCAACAUCCAUCACAGAAUAUGACAAGCUGUCGUCCUUUGCCACGUCUGUAGCUGAGGACCAGUCGAUCACCUCUGUGACAGCGCCUCAGACCGAGGAAGGCGGGAAGAACUCUCUCCUGCUUGACACAAUCAACAGUAUCCCCUCCCGUGCAGAGGCUGCCCAGGGGAAGGACUAUCUCCACUCAGCAGGAACCAUCUCACCCACCUCCUCUCUGGAGGAUGACAAGUGCUUUAAGUCUCCUUCCUCUGACGAGUUCCAGCCCAACGUUCCUGAGAUAGAACCUGAUGCAAAGAUCAAAACAGUCCACGACGAAGAGGACGAUGAGGAAGACGAGGACGAGGACCAGACUCCAAACGUUGACAUCCCUCUUGGUAAACUCCAAGAAGGCUACGAACAUGCAGCCUUCAUGAUGCAACAGGAGAAGCAGAAAUCUCCCUCUGCUGCUGUUUCUCCUCCUUCUCCUCUCUUCUCUUCCACGCAGGCUGUCAAAGACAACCAGUCUCUCUUUAGCACAGAGGAAUUUAAGACUGGUGCUGAUGUAAAGCCUUUUUCACCCCCUCCAUCUUUUUCCCCAGGGUUAGAGUCCCACUCCAGGCAGGAGAGUGAGGAGAGAUGUGUAAGUCCAGAUGACAGCACCAUGAAACUGGCUUCACCCACUCAAUCUGUGCCUACAAGCAGCGGCUACUCUCCGACAGAAGAGAAACCCUUUAAGACAGAAGACAAAGAUGAAGCAUUGAUCGGUGUUAAAGCUGACUCCCAGAAAUCUGUCACUAUCUUAGACAGUACCGCUUAUAUUGGUCUGGAAGGUGACAAGACACCGUCUGAAGAGUCUGAAGAAUCCAACGAGGAAGAGGAUGAUUAUUACGCCAAAAAGGAUCUGCAGCCGACUGUUAAGGCCAAACUGAUGGAGGCAAAAGAGGGGUGCUUCUUGGAUGACGACUUCGGCUCUGAGGCAAAAUCUGAAAAGAUAGAAACAGAAGUCAAGGGCUCCGACAAGAUACAGGUGUCUUUUAGCACAGAGGAGAAACCAAAACCUCAAGUGAUGUUCUCAGAUGAAGAUGAAGAUGAAGAUGAAAAAGACGAUGAUUUCCCAGGUGGGGUGAGGCCAGAUGAGAGCACAGAGAAAACAGAUGUCUCUUUAAAAGAGCCUGAGAAAAGUGUUCAUUUCAGUCUCUAUAAUUUCCCAGAGAAGGAGCCCAAAGAAAAGGCUAUAUAUAUUAGACAGGACACGCCCUAUGUGCACGGCAAAACAUUCUCCUACAGUGACUUUUAUGGCUCAGUGGACUCUGAUUCAUAUCGUCAGGAGUCCUUAGAUAAAGUGGAGAAGGACACUGUAAAAGGUGAAGAGGAUUCCCAAAAACCUGAGCACCCCUCCCCGUUACCAUCCACAGACAAGAUGUCAGAGAAGGAGGAGUUUACCGCCUCUUACGGAAAAGAGUCCUCAACAUCAUCAUGGCUCGACUCCAAGAGCCCUUCUGCUACACCUCCGUUUGAAGAGGUCAAAGGAAAGGAAACAUUUGAGUACAGCACAGGGAGCCGAUUCCCUUCAGUGGCUGACAGACCUGAGGCCUCGUCCACUUCUUUAUCAUCAGAAAAAGACUCAUCUUUUAAGAGCCCGACUGACACCAAGCCCCAGACGUACUCCUCAAUGACAGCGUUUGAUGAAGGCAAACCUGCUGUCACAGGCUAUGGUGAGAAAGGAGCGUGUUUGGAGGUCGAUAUGCGAAAACUAACUGCAAGGGAUGAGGAGGACUAUGAUGAUGAUGAAGUUGUCGAUGAUGACGAGGAGGACGAGGAAGAUGAAGAGGAGGAGGAGGAGGAGGAAGACGAAGGGGCUGUUGAUUCUGAUAUGGAGAAAGGCGCCAAAGAGAAGUCUGAGAAGGAAGUAAAAAGUCCAGUCAGUGAAAUGUUUGGCUCCAAUAGGCCUGAAUUUAUGGUUUCUAUGGCUGGAUACGGCUACAACAGCCAGGGGAAGCCGAGUAGCUCUGGCUCACUCACAAAGACUGAACAGGAAGCGAAGAUUGACUCCUCAUCCCUCAGUUCAAAGCCAACGGAUUUAGGCGCUACGGGUUUCUCUGGCUACUCCUCAGGGUUUGAGUACUCAUAUGGAAGCAGUGAGAAAGACUCAUUUUUAGCAAGUCAGACCACCGACAAAGGUAAAGACGAUUUCACUUUGAAAUCAACAGAGGGCAGUUAUUACCAAAAUGACAGAGCUGAUCCUGAUUUUGAGAAACAGAAGACACCAGACCUUCUGAGUAAGAGAUCACUGGACACAAGCUUCCAGUACACGACCACUGCUGCCCCCGCGUAUUCCUCCUCUUCAGCUUAUAGCUACUCCUCCUCCACCUCGGGCUCCCUCUCCACCAGCCGUCAGUUCGGAGAGGAGCUGGAGACGCCUGCUGAGCCUCUCUUUGAGUACUCCUCCUUUAAAGAUGAACACUCAUUGGUCAUGGAUCCCCCCUUCCCUGGCUCAGCUGGCGCCAAAGAUGACUACUUAGAAGUGUCUGAGAAACAGAUCACAGCUACAACCACGGCUGAGUCCACCUCCAGUUUAGCUCGCUUCUCUCCCCUCAGCCCAUUUGAGGAGGUCAAAUCCUUUCCCUCGCUCUCAUCUGCUGUCUCUGCUGAAGACAAGAAGGAUCAUACAACAUCAGGUGGCAUUACGGACAAAGGCCCUCAAUCUGAAUGCUUCUAUAAGGCUGAUUGGUCUGAAGGGUCCAAGCUGGACACAGCUGUUGGGUUUGGGGCCUCAGCAGGACCGUUUGCUCAACCUUCAGAACUCUCCAAGGACAAAGAGGCAGCCAGUGCCGCUCUGUUUGGCGUGACUUCCUCACCACGUCCAGACAUAGAAGGCAAGCAUUACUUUGAGGAGACUGACAGCAGUGAGGAGGAGGAUGAGGAGGCGUACAUGCGUGAGAUGACUCGCAGGUCGCCUUCCAGUGGCCUGGCUGGUAGCCUCUCAUUCUCUGACAAGCCUGUUGCUCCAGCCAUCAGUGAAAAGACAGCUGGUGCACUCCCCGAUGUUCUCGGCUCCUACAUGCCCUCACCUCUCCAGGCCAGCAAGCCAGAUACAGUCAACGGCCCCAUGGAGGUCAGCACAAGCUCCGCCCUCCCUGCUGGAGCAGCAGCAGCCAGUGGUGCAGCUUCAGGCCCAGCCAAAGUGGAGCCCAGAGAGGGAGCAGCAGCUUACAGGAGUUCUUAUGAGUGGGAGAUGUCAAAGCCCCAGAUGGGGAUGGUUCCCGGAGACUCCCCUCCUCAUUACCGUCAUGAUGAUGAGUUUGAGGAGGAGUGUGAGAUGGAGCCAGAGCAUCCUGCCCGCCCGCUGUCACUCUCUUCAACCGAUCAGCCGUUUCGCGCACCAUUCUACGCUGAAGAGUGCAGCCAAGGAGGGCAGGAUGAUGAUGAUGAUGACAGCGAUCAGGAUCUCGCUGGUGAUGUGCCCAUGGGAGCCACCUCCUUGUAUACCAGCCGCAGCUCUCCUGGAUAUUCCUCCUCCGAGUACAGGCAGUCCAAACAUGACCUCUCCCCUUCCUUCAUUAACCCAUGUAUGCGGCAGUUAUCCAGUGACGAGGAUGAUGAGGAGCAUGGACGCAGAAGUGACCAAUCACAGGAGGGCGAUGAUCACGAUCUGUCGGUCAAGAGACGAGCUCACAAACAGCCUCAUCAUCACCAGUCUCAUAGCAGGGACAGCAGCUCUCUGCACCACACUGGUGGCAUGUCAGCAGGGCUCGGUCUGGCCACAGAGGACACACCGCCCACCUCCGUCAGCGAGUCUUUAAACUCACAGUCAGACUCUGAUGUGCCUCCAGGCACUGAGGAAUACCCCUCGGCCACUGGUGAAGGCAACAUGGACUCAGAUGAGGAUGCAGACUACAUGCCUGCUGAUAAAUUAUCUGCCUCAGGAGGAGGCAGCCAUCAUUCCUCUAGGAGGAGCAAUGACCCUCCUCCUGCUCCCCUCAUGGACCCCUGCCCUCACCCCCCACGCCCAGACGUUUGCAUGGUGGAUCCUGACUCUUUGGAAAAUGGCUUGGUUAAGAAAGAGCCAAAAGCCAAGGGCUUAAAGAAGACUUCGGGGAAAACCAAAUCAUCAUCCCCAGCCAGGCGCAAGAGGUCCCCCAUGCCUGUCAAACAGACGCCGUCUCCUCGCAGCACCUCGCUGAAGAAGAAGGACACAGACAAGAGCUCGCGUAUGUCUCGUCUGUCAGACGGACAGGGCUCCAAAGACGAUGACCUCUCCAGGUCGAGCUACAACCCCGGCAAAGGGCUGACUAACGGAGUCAAGAGCAGUUCAGGUUCUCAGAAGUCCGGCUCUGCAGCUGCUUCUGGCCUCCCUAUUUAUGUGGACUUGGCCUACAUUCCCAACCACUGCAGUGCCAAGAACGUGGACCAAGAGUUUUUUAAACGCAUUCGUUCUGCGUACUAUGUGGUGAGCGGGAACGAUGCAGCAAGUGGAGAACCAAGCCGAGGAGUCCUGGAUGCACUGCUGGAUGGCAAAGCUCAGUGGGGAUCAAACCUGCAGGUGACGCUGAUCCCGACCCACGACACGGAGGUGACCCGUGACUGGUACCAGCAGACUCACGAGAGGCAGCAGGAGCUCAACAUCAUGGUCCUGGCCUCCAGCAGCACCGUGGUCAUGCAGGACGAGUCCUUCCCCGCCUGCAAGAUCGAGUUUUAAGAGCCUCGUGUCCUGUCUCCCUCCUCCUGGCCUCCCCUCUGUCGAUCUGGUUUUAAUUGCUCUUCUCUAUAGCCUGAUAUGCAAAUCUGCUUCUGCUGUGGGCGCUUGACCCAAAGCAGAAACAGACCUGGAUAACUGUCUAUUUUUUUCAAGAUUUUAAUUAAUUUCUAAGCUUGUCGUGGCUUUCACCGUUUGUAUUAUAAUGGUAGUUUUCUGAACAAUGUCCUCAGAGUUACAUUAUUAUUAUUUCUCAGUCCUGUAAAAGGGAGAGUGCUUUUUUUCUGUCCCUUAACUCGUCUCUUUCCCACUUCCUGUGAGACAACUGAGUCUUUGUUUAUCGGCCGAGACAAAAUGCCCAUUGUAUGAUAAAAAGAUUUUAAAAAGUGUCACAUAGAAAAUUAAUAUUUGGCUGCUUAAUUGGCCCAAAUUAAAGCACAAGUUUGCGCACUUUAAAGCCAGCAAAUAAAAAAUUCUCCCACUGAAUCCCGAACAUGGAGCCUUUCACAAUAAAGGUGAUCAAUUUAAAACAUUUGCUGAUAGAAAAUCAUCGUUACAGGCUAACUGUGAUUUGUUUUACUAAACUCUCCUCUAUUUUCCAGUCCCAGUGUUGAACUUCGUGCCUCCUACUGACAUAGUGAGAUAGAAAAAUAUGUCUUUUGAGUAUAUUUGCCGUAGCAUAGGGAAGACCAUAUUCAGAAAUCUGUAUCGUAGUGACUUAUGACAUUUCCACGGUUCUCUCAGAGUGGAAAUCAAUCGUUACAGUAAGAAUUUCUCGGUGGCUGUUCUUUCUUACGGUGAAUUUGACCAAUAUGUUUCUCUCUAUAAUUGUUUCUGUAGUCUUUGGUGUAUUUUUUCAGUGUCUUUCCAGUUAACAUAUCGUUGCAGAGGAUCAUGAGGAGAACUGAAGGCAGAGGCGGCGAUACAAGUACAAAAAAAACAAAAAACAAAAGUACAAAUCCAUCAUCCUAAUCUUUGGAUUCUACCUGUUUAUAUCUUUACAUACAGAACGGCACCCAAAGCUCAUUAAGAGGGAGGUCGACGAACGUCAUGUCUGCAAAGACCUUUAUACAAAAGCUGUGAUGAAGAAUGUAUUCCACUACAACAACAGGAACAUGUGGUUGCGAGGAGAGAUUGUGUUUGCCUGGUGAACAAAAGGUGGUCGGUUGGAUUGAUGGUUAGAGGUUAGACUGUCACCCACAUGUGCCUUUCUGUCCCGCUGUGCUGGAAGGGAAAUGAAGUCUGUUUUUCGUUGUAGAAAUUUGAGGUACGUGCCGACACGUUCUCAUCCUGACUUGGCAAAUACCGCCGGUUUGUCAGUGGACAUACACGUUAAAAUAUGACAUGCUAGAUACCCUCCUCCGUCUGCUUUGGACUUUGAGGGUUGGCGUGCCAGUUUGCGCUUCCCUUUUCACAGGAAAUGUACACUUUCUGCUCCUUACUUAGUCUUUUUCAAAAUAAAUUUACACUGUAGGUAAAACACUUUGUUUUAAGGUUGAUUUCCUUCAGUUUAGGCAACAAAAACACCUGGUGAAGGAUAAAAAAAAUCAUGGUUUGGCUUAAACUUCACACGGGAACCAAAGAGCAGGAUCUUGGAUGAAAGACCAGAGUUUGUUUGGCCCGUCCGCUUCCCCUCCCUCCCUGCCUUUUUGCUGCUCUUUACGCUACGGUAGUUUCAGGCGGUGUUACAAACUGCUGACUGGUGCAAAUCACACCCCCGCAAAGGGUGCCUCUGUGUGUCCCUGUCUGGCACCAGCGUCCACUGACAAAGCGGUGCUAAUGGACGAGUUUGGUUGUUGCCCACUGCCUCUAAAACUGACGCACCAGCUGUAAAUCAUAUCGCUGCAAAAGAUGCCUCUGUGACGACGAGAUCACCAACAAAGUGGCGAUAUUUGACGAGUUGGGAGUGAGAACGGGCUGUACGUGGGGUGUGUCCACGGCUCCGUCGGCGAGCUGGUCUCCUCUGUUGUUGUUGAGUUUUGUCUGCGAGAACGUCAGCGCACAAAAAGGUCCGAUUUGUACAUAUUGAGCGUAAAAUGGCACUUUUAAAGCACCAACUCAGUAUUUCAGCCGUUGCGUUUUCCCGGAGCUGCCACUCGGAGAAGCACAAACAGUAACCAGUGUGCAAAACUGAAAGCAGUCUUAAAUUUAGCAACAUAAAAUGUACAAUUACAGCAUUUGCACUGUGCUGGUUUCUUCUAGUUACUUUGAAUUAUUGCGGAAAAUAUAGUUUGUCUUGCAAAAAUAGUUUUUAGCCACAAUCACCUCAACUUAAUGUUUUUAAAUUGUGUCACUUACUUCCUUUCAGUGGUAAAUCAGUGGGUGUUUUUAAGUAAGACUUUUAAUAUUAUGCGUAGACGUGCUUUUAAUUUGAUAUUGAUGAUUUUAUAUUUUGAUAAGUUUUGAGUACUUUAAUAGAUUUUAACCAGGAACAAAACUAACUAUCCAACAAACGACAGGACCAACACGCCUCACCAGGGUUGCUAUUUUAUGAUCCACAUUAAAAUAAGAAAAAAGAAUCCAGAUAUUCCUGUGUAUGAUAUUUUAUUCCCUCGACUCCUCUAGUGAUGCAUGUACGACAGACGCAUGUACAUAAAGGCGACAGCUCUUUAAAAAGCAGAGGGCUGCAGGGAGCCUGAACCUCAGCAGCUCCGGUUGAUUUGAAUGUGAAGAUGCAGAUUACCUUUACGUUCUCCAUGGAGGACUUAGAUCUCCUGGUUGCCUUGGUUACUGUGCAUCAUACGAUACAUCUGACUCAUCGGUCGCACUGGCAGCAACAAGCGUAGUGUUGCAGCCUGCAAUACAUCUCGACUCUGUGCAGGGAAGAAAACUUUGUGUGCAGAUUAAACCCACCACAGUUUCUUUCUUUGGAGGACAGUUUGACAAAGGAUUUCUUAGACAGCGAGGAGACAACGAUGUUGCGUUUAAGGUUCCUGCUGAUUUAAAGAGAUCCAUUAACGGCUUCUUGGAUGAGACAGGGUUGACUGUGACGUCAGUGUUUCCCUGUUAACCUACUCGAAUCUGCAUUCCUAUUUAAUACUGCAUCACUGUAAAGCCUGAUAGAAACAAAACCCACACACAAACCCAGACUGCCAGACACUCAUGUCGAUACAUUUUUAUCUAUAGAGGAUUUCCUAUUAUUCACACCUUUUCCAAACAAAGCUUAACACACACACACUCACACAUAACCGCUGCAUUUUCGUAUUGUGCAAAAAAAAAAGAAGAAAAAAAAAAAGAAAAUAUAAAAUAUCUCAGACUCGUCUGCCGUGAAACAAAUCAUCAUAAAGACUGUUGGUUUCCAGUGAGCCCUGCUUGUACGUGCAUGUGUACCUUUUGAGUUCUCCUGUAUUGUAAUAGCUGAAGAAAAACUGACUUAACAUAGAAAUGCUAUUUUAAAAGAUGUAUAUUUAAGAAGCUAAGCUGUGCGGUUCUGAGGAGGCACAUGUAACCUGGCUGUGCUGUGCUGUAAAGAAAGCCUCGUGAUUGUUUCCUUUUUUUCCUCCUUUCUGCUUCAUGGUUCUUCUUUCAUCUCUUGUUUAAGUGCAAUAUUCUCUUUAUCUCUCUUUAAAUGCUUAAAAAGGUAAAAACAGAAAAACGGAUUUAUUGUUAAAAGGGACAAAGUGUGGUGAAGACCAAUAAAAACAUCAUUUACUGAAG